UACUUUCAAGCAAUUAAAAUAAUAAUUUUUGUGUGAUAUAAUCACGUGAUAUUUGGUAUUAUUGUUAAUUAAUAGUUUUUUAAUGGUUAAAGAUGGCGUCCAGUAGCAAACCAGAACCUGGUGUGACUGUACUUAAUCUCGCUUCUCUUAACAUCCAGCAAUUGGAUCAGUUAAAAAGCUCCGUGGAAGAGGAUGUAGGACUACUCACGACUUCAAUGGCACAACUCAAGAUUGUGCAACAAAAAUAUUUAGAGUCGAAAUCAGCUAUAAAUUAUACUGCCCCGGCCAGUGAAGGAAAGGAAAUAUUAGUACCUUUAACAUCGUCUAUGUAUGUGCCUGGCCUUUUAAAGCAUAAUGAUACUUUCAUGUGUGACAUAGGAACAGGAUAUUACGUUGAAAAAAAGCACAAAGCUGCAUUAGAAUUUUUUCAAAGAAGAACGGACUACGUUACUUCAAAUCUGGAGAAGCUCCAACAGAGCUUAAAAGAGAAAUAUAAACUCAGAGAAAGUAUCAUCAGUACAAUGCAGGCCAAGUUCCAUUGACAUUUGUUUGAUCAACAAUGUAAAAAUACUUAUUAUUAUUAUUAUAAAAAAUUAAUUAUUAAUAAUUAUUAUG